GCUUCACUUUCCCGGCCUCACCAAGUAAAAAACACCACCCAACCAUAAAGUUCACGUCGGCGCAAAACCUCCAGAGUAGACUUCAGAUCACAUCAGCCUCGACAUCAGCGACCCAGCCCAAUUCUACCACCAUGUCGGACUUUGAAGACGAAAUGGACAUUGAUGUCCCAGUGUCCAAGGACGUCAUGUUCGCUGCCACCAACACGGCCAAGGGCAAGCGAAGCGCUGCCAACCUGCCUGUUGAAGCAGAAGACAGUCUCCCAUGGGUCGAGAAGUACCGCCCCGUAUCCCUCUCCGAUGUGUCUGGCCAACAAGACAUUCUCGCAACCAUCAACAAGUUUGUCGACACGAACCGACUCCCCCAUCUCCUAUUCUACGGUCCCCCCGGUACCGGAAAAACAUCGACCGUUCUCGCCCUGGCCCGACAAAUCUAUGGCGCCGCCAACAUGCGCCAGAUGGUGCUCGAGUUGAACGCUUCCGAUGACCGUGGUAUCGACGUUGUGCGCGAGCAAAUCAAGACCUUUGCCUCCACCAAGCAGAUCUUCUCCCUCGGCUCCUCCUCUUCGCGCUCGGGGCUGGCUGGUUUCAAGCUUAUUAUUCUCGACGAGGCCGAUGCUAUGACGUCCACAGCGCAGAUGGCCCUCCGUCGCAUCAUGGAAAAGUACACGGCCAACACUCGCUUCUGCAUCAUUGCCAACUACUCCCACAAGCUCAGCCCAGCCCUCCUGUCGAGAUGCACACGGUUCCGUUUCAGCCCUCUAAAAGAAAAAGAUAUUCGUGUCUUGGUGGACAAGGUCAUUGACGAGGAAAACGUCAAGAUUCUGCCAGAUGCUACCGAUGCGCUGGUGCGGUUGAGCAAGGGUGAUAUGCGUCGGGCACUAAACGUGCUCCAGGCUUGCCACGCGUCAAGCACACCACUCCAACCAAAGAACGCCCCCAAGAUCGCCGAAAAGGACAUUGUACGGGAAACCAUCACCAUUCGAACCAUCUACGACUGCGUUGCCGCCCCACCACCCGACGCCAUCAAAAAGAUUCUCAGCACACUUUUGAGCACGAGCGACGUCACAACCUGUCUGUCGACUAUCAACACCCUCAAGGUUGCACAAGGUUUGGCCCUUGCCGACAUUAUCACCGCUCUGUCGGAAGAGAUCGUCAAGCUGGAAGUCAAGCCGCAGGUCAUGAUCACAUGGCUUGAUGAACUUGCCAAGAUUGAGCAUCGGGUAGCGAGCGGAGCCGGAGAGGUGAUCCAGACUGGUGCGGUAGUGGGUGCGAUACGGAAUGGUGUAGAACUGAUGGGAUAGGGUUGUUGUUGUUGAGACUCAAAAGCAAAAAGCUACUCGGUGUUGUUUUGUCUGCAUCUAUGGUUCGGAGUUUAAGCAUCUGGCGUUUGGGCAAUCGAUCAAAUUUUACCUUCUUCGACUGAAGUUACCAACUCCUCAUUUCCACCUUUUAUAUUAUGCCCCUUUCUUCCUACGGCAGGGGGAUAUCACGACGGAGAGCUACAAUACGGCAAGAAAUAUAGAUGGAUAAGUAAUCACUAUUCAUCGCGAGACUAGCUAAUGAUAUCCAGCUUAAUAGAUGUACCUGAAUCCCGC